AUUACUACAUUUUCUAAGUUUUCAUUUAUUCUAAGUUAAACAUAUUAAAUCAUUUGCCAAUUUUCUCACUAUUUCUUUUGCACACUGUGGAAACAUAUUUCUAAUUAAGUUCAUUUUGUAUGUGACAGAUAUGGAAGGGAAAUAAAGACAGGGACAGUGUUGUUUAUCACAAGCUGAACCCACCCAUCAAUGCUCGUUAUAUCAGACUCCGACCAACAGCAUGGUAUGAUCAUAUAUCACUAAGGAUGGAGCUUUAUGGUUGCCAAGAGUGUUCAGGACCCCUUGGAAUGGAAAGUCAGCACAUUCAAGAUGCUCAAAUCACUGCAUCUUCAGAAUAUGAUAGAAAUCAUGCAGCAAUCCAGGGAAGAUUGAACUUUAAGGCUGGUGGAGGCAAACAAGGAGGAUGGUCAGCUCGCCAGAAUAAUGGAAAUCAAUGGAUGCAAGUGGCUCUUGGCAGUUACACCAAAUUAACAAGUAUAGCGACACAGGGAAGGAAUGCUCACAACCAGUGGGUGACAGCAUACAAGCUGCAGUACAGUGAUGAUGGAGUGAACUUCUAUUACUAUAAAUCACCAGGACAGAGCUCUCCCACGAUAUUGAAGGGAAAUAGAGACAGGGACAGCGUUGUUUAUAACAAGCUGAACCCACCAAUCCAAGCUCGUUAUAUUAGACUCCGACCAACAGCAUGGUAUCAUCAUAUAUCACUAAGGAUGGAGCUUUAUGGUUGCCAAGUAUUCACUCUUAUAAUCCACAGUCUUCUACCGCCAAUAGCUUCAUUGCGUAGAAAAAUCGAGACUCGAGUUGCAAAACAAAGCUACUUCAAGAAUUGGCGCAAAACUAUGAAAUUAGUUCUUUCCCUUCUUUCUCCUCCCUCUUCGGUUUUCAAAGGAAAUAAAGACAGGGAGAGCAUUGUUUAUCACAAAUUAAACCCACCCAUCAAAGCUCGCUACAUCAAACUCAGACCAACAGCAUGGUAUGGUCACAUAUCACUAAGGAUGGAGUUGUAUGGUUGCUCAGCAGCUUCCGGAAUAAAUGUCCUCUGCGACGAUAAAAAUAUGACCAUUGUUAUCCCAAAGUCCCUUAUCCGUGGUCUUGAUCCAAAGAAUCUUCGACUCCUGGACACCAAAUGUAAAGGGAAAGAAGGACAGGCCCACCUUACCAUUACAACACCAUUGACCGGCUGUAAAACAACUAGCAGGUAUACACCUACAGCUAUCAUCUACUCCAACACACUGCAAAUACCCGCGGCCGCCAACAGUGCCGUGACGCGCGUGCGUGACAUAAAAGUGCAGUUCAGCUGUUAUUAUUCCACUCAUGGUGUAGUUUCAUCGCUUGGCUGGAAACCAAUAAACACAACGCUUGAAUUCCGUGAUAUAACAACAGAUGACAAAAAGCUGUCAAUCAGAGCGGAUCAAUGUUAUGCCACGCCUACCCAGGAUCAAAAGAAUUCUCUGAAAUAUGAGUUUAUAAAGAAAGGUUGCCCAAGUGACGUAACAGUGAAAUAUCAUUCAGCACCUUCUUCUAGUGCUCAGCGGUUUAGCGUGGAAGCCUUCAAGUUCAUCGCUGCUCAUCCCUUUGUUUUCGUCCACUGCCAUGUGACUGUAUGCAGUGCAACUGACCCACGCUCCAAAUGCUCAAUGAAAUGUCCCUUAAGUGGCCGAGGAAAACGUGAACUGAGUGAUAGCGUGACUUAUGACGUGCACUCUUUAGUCCAGGGUCCCCUACAAUUGUCGCACGAGAAACGAAAGGAGAACCACGGGACAAUUCUAGAUGAGACUGGUUCCCAGUCCUGGCUUUCCGGAGGCUCAGUUCGCUGACAGUCAUCAAAAGUAGCUUCAGACUCAUUUACACUUGGAGUUGACCUGGACUUGAAUCACUGAAGGAUGUUUGAGCUGGAUAUUCGUGUACAAGGUGUUUCACAAGUUCGUGUCUGUUUUUCUACAAGCCUAUUUCACUUAUUUUCGCAUUCUGGAAGCCAUAUUUCUGAGAACAAUUAAUCGGUUUUACUUACCUUUACAAAGUUGCAAAGUCAUUCAAAAGUUGAGAAAAUCACAGAUUUAAAAUCAUACUACAGCAUCACAGAAAUUAUUUGGCCAACCAACUAAUGAAAUGCUUAAAAGCACUCGCUUUUCACUUAAACGUUUUUUCUCUUAAAUUUUACCUCGGUGUCGACCUGCAGAAAAUUAGAAACAAGUUUCUUUUUUCAUCUUUUAAUCUGAAAUUUCUUUUUCAUUUCAAGGUUUCUAGUUUAGAAGAAAUGUUUUAAUCCUUUUCCUCUUAUCUCUUGUGCAUCUCCAGCUCAAGCAUACCUUUUAUUUUUUAGACGCUGAAUGAUCUCAAAAACUAAACUUGUGACGACAAAGAUAUACGAAACAACGACAACAACAAACAAACAAACAAACAAACAACAUAUAACUUAGAAACAGUUUUGAUAGUUCAUUUCGGUAUUUGAGAUUACUCGCUGAUCUAUCCAUACCGGACUCUCGAAAAGAUAUGAUUUAUUUAAGGUUGCUUGCGUUUAUAUUAUUUUAUAUUUUGUAUGACGGGAUGAGAAAAGUGGCUGUUCAACCAGCUGUUAGUCCAAAAGGGGUUAUGACUAAAGGGAUUUCAAACCUGUUUUAUCGACUCGUGUAUUUUUUACUUCGUCAUUAGAGGAGCUAAUACAUUAUUAACGUAGAAAGGCGUUUGAAAUGGAAAAAAACCGCUAAAACUAGUUUGGUAAGUUAUACAAACACCUUAACUUGCAGCUCAUUUCUGGAGACGAAGAUGGUUUAGCGUUAGCCAUAUUAAGAGGCUUUGCAGGUGAUCAAGUUGAAAAUUAACUGCGAUAAGCCUUUGAGGUAUUUGUGAUCAACUUGAGGUUUUAGGAUUUUCAGUGGUGAUGAACACUUAUUGGGGAACAUCAGCUGGUUGACAAAACUUUUUGUCUCGAAUUCAAUAUUUUAUUUUAAAGAAAUGGUGAAGGGAAAUGAUAUGGGUGUUGACCUUAACCAGACAUACAGACAUACUACGCUUACAUAAGCGAUUAACUGGCUGGUACGAGAGCAUAACUUUGUCCUUAGCGGAUAAAGUAUUUUCAUCGCGGAAAAGUUCUACUCGAGAUAUUCCUGUUAUGGUUUUCAGUUGAUACUCAGGUAUCCUGUUGGGGCGCUAUUGCUUGAAAG